AUGACUAGUAUCAAGAGUGACGAAACUGUUGGGAAUGGAGAUAUCGAGUGUAUAGCAUCUAAAACAUCACAGGCGACUUCAGGCUAUAUUGCUAAAGAUUUGCGCAACCUUUGUCGGUCUGCACUUCUCCGUAGUCUCCGAACUGACAAUUGCACAGACAGAAUUGCUAAUAUAAACUUAAUUGCGUCCCCAAAGUGGGAGGACUUCUUGUAUGCUCUGAACUCGUCGAAACCUUCACAACAGAUUGAGUUCGAGUCUCUGGCUCGAAACCAGCAGCGUACUGUGUUUGCAGGAUACCACGCUCUUAAGAGGCGUGUGUACCAAAACAUCCAUUGGCCUUUGUCAAGCCCGGAAAGCUUCAGACGUAUAGGAACAAAACCGCCUAUGGGAUUGCUUCUAUAUGGGCCCUCAGGGUGCGGUAAAACCUUCCUUGUGCAGACAUUGGCUGCAGAAUCCAACUUCAAUUUCAUUCCUAUCAAAGGUCCUGAAAUUUUUUCAAAGUACCUCGGUGAAACUGAAGCGACUCUGAGGCGACUCUUUACGAUGGCACGUCAAGUUGCGCCUUGUAUACUUUUUUUCGAUGAGAUGGAUUCAAUUGGUGCCAAGAGAGGGUGGGGUGGUGAUGGUGAUGGUGAUGGCGACAAUCAAGCAGGAUCUUCUAACGGAGUGAAUGAACGUGUUUUGAGCACGCUUUUAAAUGAGAUGGAUGGAGUAGAAGAGCGGACAGGUGUCUUCGUAGUUGGGUGUACCAAUCAACCGCAAGCGAUGGACGAUGCUCUUCUUCGACCAGGACGGUUGGAUCAGCUGGUGUAUAUUGGAUAUCCAAGUCUGCAAGAUCGCUUCGAAAUUAUCAAUGAGAUUGGUAGUCGGAUCCCUAUUACAAAAGACAUUGAUACAAGGCAAGAGCUUGCUAAACAUACAGUAGGGUUCUCGCCUGCAGAUCUGACUGCACUCUUCCGUGAGGCAGCUAUCCUCUCACUUCGACGGAACAUAUCCUCUACGAUUGUAGAGCAGGCUGAUAUCAAGCAUGUAAUUCAAAGGAUGAGCCCAUUGGUACAAGGUCGUGUUUUGCAAAAUGCAGUGGAUGGCAAUGAUGUGAUCGUCCCUGACUUGUAUCGAAAGUUCUAUCAAAGACGAUGA